AUGGCUCCAAUCACGACGAAGAAUGUGCAAAGUCCGAUUGCUCUCGACCAGCGCCGUACGGUGAUCGCAGAUGGGGUGCAACCGCUCGAGUACUUCGGCCACUGGGAUGGAUUGGGCAAGGCGUCAAUGGUCAACACCGGAUCAUCGGUCAUGAUAACAUUCACCGAGCGCCCGUACCGACCAUUCAUCGUAGGAGGCGUGCUGGGCAACAAGUAUAUUUUUGAGCAGCUUCACUUCCACUGGGGCACCGAAGAUGGCAGCGGUUGCGAACACACGCUAGAGGGCAGCACCUACUCGAUGGAGGCUCACGCCGUCCACUACAAUGCCAAGCAUGCCAGCUUCGCCGAAGCCGUCGACAAACCGGACGGGCUGGCCGUGGUCGGUUUCUUCGUGCAGGCGUACGGUACCGAGGACUGUCCGGCGUUCGGGAAGAUGGUCGCAGGUUUGCGGCACAUCACACAACCGAACGCACGCGUCGAUAUCGAUGCGGACUGCCUUAGCUGGAUAGGCAUGCAGGAGCUGAACCGCCAUUACUACACCUACCGCGGUUCGCUCACUACCCCACCUUACUUCGAGAGCGUCACCUGGUUGGUGUACAAAACGCCCGUUUACGUUUCGAGCGCACAAGUGGCUGCCUUCCGGCAGCUCCAGGCCUGUCCAAACGAUAACACCAAGAAGAUCGUCAACAACUUCCGGUCAGUGCAGACACCCGAGGCACCACCGGCGGUUGCUUUCGUGCGAAACAAUCAUCCCACUGCUGUGUUAUCUAAGUUGUAG